UUCAUCAUAUUAGUAUCUUCACUGUACAUGCUCUUCUUCUUUUGUGGUUUGUGUACAUUCUACACCAAAUAAACGUUUCUUCAAAAUGUUUGAUAAUAAAAGUGACAAACUUAUGCUCGAAAUAGAGGAGAAUGACGAUGAUCCUGGGAUGAAGCAUCCCCGAUGCGAGCAUGGUCCCACGGUUUUGUUCUACCGGGAAUCGCAGCUUCCUGGCCAAGGAUAUUACGCCUGUUCUGCUCAUCGAGACUCGAAACUCUGCAAUUUUCACCUGCCGGCGGAUCAGUGGCCUGGUGCAAGAUCUGGGAAUACAGGUUCUAUUAAGGAAUACCCCGUAUCAACCGGAAAAUCACUAAAUAAAUCCAUUCCUGAUCCCACGUUAACCCUAACUGCACUUGAUCAGGAUAAAGUAAACGCCCAAUAUUUCUUUGACGAAGCAGCUCUUAACUUCCUGACCAAUCAGUGUAAAAAUAUAGGAGCCAGCAAGGUAAUUUGCAUGGGCGCACCACGACUACAUUUCCACCUGCGCGACAAACUGCAAAGUUUUCUGUUAGAUUUGGAUGAGAGAUUUGCAAAGUAUCUAGCACCUGAAGAGUUUUGUCUCUACAACAUGUGCAAUAAUCACUUCUUUUACAACAGAAAGCCAUUCGAAAAGUUCCUGGAAGGUACCAGUUUGGAUCAACUGCUAAUAGUAACAGAUCCUCCAUUUGGCUGUCGAACUGAGCUGAUUUCCAACACCCUGCGCAGCCUGAGAAAACUUCACAAUAAAAUCAACAAGUUGCCGUCCACUCCACUUUCUAUAUUUUGGAUAUAUCCCUAUUAUUCAGCUAAUCAUAUCAGGCAGGAAAUGCCGGAGAUGGAAAUGUGCGACUACAGAAUAAACUACACCAAUCACCUGAGGUAUACCAAUGUGGGCAAGCAAAGCCGCUUUUGCGGCUCCCCCGUGCGGUUGUUCACUAAUGUGCCACUUAAAUUACUUCAACUACCCGCGGAAGAAGGCUAUAAGAACUGUCAAAAGUGCGAUCAUCACACUGCCAAAGAUAACAUUCACUGCAAUCGCUGUGGAAAAUGUCCAUCUGUGAAUGGUCAAACAUAUAGGCACUGCGAUUUCUGCGAUGUCUGCGUCAAACCCAACUAUGUUCACUGUACAAACUGCAGAAGAUGCACUCAGAGAGAAGGUCACAGCUGCUUAUUCUAUCAAUCCAAACAACACUGCUGGCUGUGUGCUAAAAAGGGGCAUAUCGAAACCAGGUGCCCUAACUUUAAAAAAAAGUUUAAGCUCACCAAAGGCUGUCUCUUGUGCGGAAAACAAAAUCACAGGGAAAGGAGGUGUAAUCACCGCGCAAAGUAUUUCAAGGAAUAUACAUUUAUGGGCGAAACCUCUGUACAAUGUCUUUAAGAUACUCUUUUUGUCAUAUCCCAACCUACGUUAUAGUUUAUGGGCUGCAUAAAAACUAAUAAAAUGGUUAUUUGGUUAUAAUA